AUGAGCAAGGCCCUGAAGGAAGGGUUGGAGGGGGAGGAGCAACGGCUCCACAGGAUACGGAUUACCCUCACCUCUAAGGAUCUCAAAUCUAUCGAACGGGUGUGCUCGGAGCUUAUCGGUGCGGCAAAGCAGAGGAAGCUGCAGACAAAUGGACCUGUCCGCCUCCCUGUCAAGAUCCUCAGGGUCACCACCAGGAAAUCCCCCUGUGGCGAAGGAACAAACACUUACGAUAGGUUUGAACUGCGUAUCUACAAGCGCCUGAUUGACUUGCACUCCGCGAGCGACGUGGUGAGGCAAAUCACAUCUAUUAACAUUGACCCAGGUGUGGAGGUCGAGGUCACUGUUUCCAACAUAUAA